GGCAAAUACUCUGGCUGAGAAAGAUGCUGUUCUUUGUUUUAUUCCCCUGUUUUAAUGUUCAAAUGUUGUCUUCUCUUGCCUGCCAGCAUGUCCUCUUGACCCUUAAUGUUGCAGCGUUCAACUUGGACACUAAGAAUGUGCUGCAGAGAAAUGGAGAUCCAGGAAGUCUGUUUGGAUUUUCUGUUGCCUUCCACCAGCAGCUGAGCCCCACCAAAAAGAACCUAUUGCUGGUUGGAGCUCCACGAUCAAAACACCAGAACCAGGUGAAUGUAACAGGUGUUGUCUACCAGUGUGAUCUGAAUGCAACAUCUGAGCGCUGUCAGCCCAUUGAGUUUGAUAAUGAAGUGUUCCUCAAUAGUAAAGACAUAAACGACCAGUGGAUGGGAGUAAGAGUGACAAGUCAAGGUCCUGGUCAAAAUGUAAUGACCUGUGCUCAUAGAUAUCAGCAGUGGUGCCCGAACCCAAGUAAGGAUGUCUGUCACCUGUUGACCGGUCAGUGCUACCUCUUGGGAAAUGACCUCAAAGUGGGGAAUGAAGACAGGUUGUGGAGGAGGGUGGUCUGUGAUAAAAAGCACCUAACCACUCAUCAGAAGCACCAUGACUGGUUUGCAUACUGCCAGCAGGGUCAUGGAGCAUCUUUUGCAAAGGACAACAAAUCAGUGUUGUUUGGGGCACCUGGCGCUUAUCAUUGGAAAGGAAUUGUACGAAUGGAGCUGUUAGACAACCUGGGCAUUGCGAGUGAAAAUCCUAGAGAAACUGGGGAUAUAGGUCGCUUUAACACGGAGCUUAUUCCUCUGCACCGAGACAGCUACCUGGGAUUCUCCAUUGAUUCUGGUAUGGCCCUGAUCAGGAAGGGUGAGCUGACAAUCGUAUCAGGAGCUCCCAGAGGAGGCUUCAGCGGUCAGGUGACAUUUCUUAGGGCGGAUCCAGCAGCAAAGAGAAAUCUGCUUGUGGAGUUAGUCCUCUCUGGUCCAGGACUGGCCUCCUCCUUUGGCUACGAUGUGACAGUGGUGGAUUUCAAUGGUGAUGGAUGGGACGAUCUUGCUGUAGGAGCACCACAGUUCUGUGUUAAAGACGACGUUGAAGUUGGAGGAGCAGUCUACGUCUAUAUCAACAACAAAGGGAAAAACUGGAAGGAUGUUGUUCCAACACAGCUUCUUGGAAAUAAAGACUCCAUGUUCGGCAUCGCAGUGGAAAAUAUAGGAGAUAUCAAUCAAGACGGUUAUGGAGAUAUUGCCGUGGGUGCACCUUAUAGUAGUUCUGGUCGUGUAUAUAUCUACUGUGGAUCAUCAGAUGGUAUCCACAAAAAUGAAGCACAGGUUCUCUCAUCAGGAUCCCAAAACAUUCAUCUGUUUGGAUAUUCUCUGUCUGGCAACUUGGACAUAGAUGACAAUCAGUACCCUGACUUGGCUGUUGGAUCUCUCUCAAAUUCUGUUUUUGUUUACAGAUCAAGGCCAGUGGUCAGUGUCAGCAUCUCUCUGCAGGUGACACCAAGUAAAAUAGAUAUCACAAAGGAAAAGUGUGGUGAACAGACGUGUUAUUUUAUAGUUCAGGCAUGCUUUAAUUACACGGCACAUCUGGCAUCAUUCAACCCCAAACUGAUGCUCAACUAUACUUUUAAGGCUGAUGCAAAGUCGAGGGUCAACUUCUGCGGCUCACCUCAAGGAAAACUGGAGCUGCCAGGACAAAGGACAAACGUCUGCACUGACACCAAGCUGCAGCUCCAGCGUGAUAUCAAAGACAAGCUGCACAGUAUCCCUGUCUCUGUCACUGUGUCUCUGUUGAACUCCAGUCAAAGUGCAGAUCUGCCCAACGUUACUCCGGUCCUCAACUUCUACCAGCAGAAUAGCACUGUCUCAGAGAUUAUCCUAAUAAACAGAGGCUGUGGCAGCGACAACAUCUGCCAAAGUAACCUUGAGUUGCAGUACAAGUUCUGCUCCAGGCAAACACAAAAUGAACAAAUUGGUUUCAAAUCACUGGCCCGAGAGGAUGGUGUAGCAGUCAUCAUCCCCUCUGAAGAAGGCAUAGCCUUGGAGAUAACUGUGACAAACAGAAAUGGGGAUGAUGCACACCAGAGUCACUUAUCAUCAAGUUACCCAGAUACUCUUGAUUAUUCCUCUGUCUACAGCAAAGCAGCAGAGAUGAAUUGUACAGGCAAAAGAAAAUCAAUAGACUGUGAACUGGGAAACCCGUUCCAAAGAGAUGCUGAAGUUACUUUUUAUGUCAUACUCAACACAUCCAACAUUUCACUGAGUACAACAGACGUCAAAGUCACCCUGCAGCUUGAAACGACAAGUAAUCAGACCAUACAACAAGUUGAGGCAGUAGCCAAAGUGUUUUUUGAGCUGGUGUUACAAGUUACAAGUGUAGCCAAGCCUUCCCAAGUGUUGGUUUCACUUGGUGAACGCUUGAUCGGUGAAAGUGCCAUAAAGUCAGUAGAUGAAAUUGGACCCUCAGUUCAAUAUAAAUUUCGGAUUAAAAAUAUGGGCAGACCGCUGAAAUCUUUCGCCAAUGUGUCAUUAAACAUCCUCUGGCCAAAGGAGAACUCAGUAGGAAAAUGGCUUCUGUACUUGACUCAGAACACCAGUAAAGAUGUACAGUCUGUCUCCUGCUCACCUGUAAAUGAAUUCAAUCCACUCAAACAUAUAAACGGUUGGCACGAGCCCUCAAGGAAAAGACGUGAAGCUGAACAUGAAGCCCUCUCUACCAAUGGGUUCCCAUUUUUUCCAACAAAAAGGAAAUUCAAAACCUUGAACUGCUCAGAUGGAUUGAAGUGUGUGGAGAUUCGCUGCCCCCUGCUGGAUCUGGACAGUACUGCAGCGAUAAUUCUGCAUGCACAGCUCUGGAAUACCACUUUUACUGAGGAUUACAGCGAUUUGAACUAUCUUGUCAUUGUUGUGAAUGCUACCCUCAGUUUGACCAGCUCUCCAGACAAUAUUAGACUUAAACCAGAGAAGCACGGGACACAGGUAAGCCUGACGGUGUUUCUUGAGCAAAAACACUUCACCAAAAUUGCCUGGUCGAUAAUCCUUCCUAACAGUCACUGCUUUGCUCCUGUUGUUGGCAGUGUUUGCCUUCUUGUGGUGGAAGCAUGAGUGCAUCAACUGCCUCACACAUAACAAGAAGCCCUCGCAUGAUAAAGAUCCAAACAAAGAGACUGCUCCUCUAAAAGCUUAAAAGGAGAAACCAAGGGCGCCCUGAUGGCUCAGUGGUAUGAGACACAUGAACACAAGACACUAAGGUUUUGAUAUACUAUCUACUACCAGUGCAGAAUUACAUGACAGUAUGUGACCAUUUGUAGGGACGUAUUUGAUACAGAAUUGUGCAUCAAGUGUGUGCAUUUUCACUCAAAUUGCAAAGAUACAACUGAAAUGCUUU